CCGCCCCGCCCCGCCCCGCCGACCCCGCCGGCCGCCGAGUUUGGCAACGGGCGGGGGAAGGAAGGAGGGACAGGGGGUUAUCCCGGGCGGCUGAACGAGCCGAGGUACGCGGGGAGCGCGGUCCGGCCUCUGGGCACACUUGAACCGUGGGCCGUUCACCUCGCCGGCGCCCAUGGGAAGUUAAUCUUUGAAAGGACGGCGAGAGAGGUGGCGGGUGUAAUCCUUCCAAGGCAACCUGCUGGUGAAAACUACUCAAACAGUAUUCUUUCCACUGAAUAAUUUAAAACCUCACUUAAUGCCACCUGAAAUUUGGGAAAUUUCACAGCCGAUCCUCCUCUUGGAAUUAAACUACCAGAGGGACUAGAAAGAGUAUCAUGGGGGAACAGGACCAGGGCCAGAUUGUGGCGACAGACAAGGUUGCAGAGAAGUUAAGUUCUACUCUCUCAUGGGUGAAGAACACAGUGUCUCACACUGUCAGUCAAAUGGCUAGUCAGGUGGCAAGCCCGUCCACUUCAUCGCUGCACACUACAUCUUCAUCAACAACGCUCUCUACACCUGCACUUUCACCAGGAUCACCAGCUACACUUAGUCCUGAUGACUUGGAGCUUCUUGCAAAAUUAGAGGAACAAAACAGGCUACUGGAGACUGACAGCAAGUCUAUGAAAUCUGUAAAUGGAUCUCGACGCAAUAGUGGAUCUUCCCUGGUAUCCAGUUCUUCUGCCUCCAGUAACCUGAGCCAUCUGGAAGAAGAUUCCUGGAUACUCUGGGGGAGAAUUGUUAAUGAGUGGGACGAUGUACGUAAAAAGAAAGAGAAGCAGAUGAAGGAACUUGUUCGAAAAGGGAUUCCUCAUCAUUUCCGAGCUAUUGUGUGGCAAUUACUAUGCAAUGCACAAAAUAUGCCCAUCAAAGAUCAAUAUUCAGAGCUUUUGAAAAUGACCUCACCAUGUGAAAAACUUAUAAGGAGAGACAUUGCAAGAACGUACCCAGAACAUGAUUUUUUUAAAGAAAAAGACAGUCUAGGACAAGAAGUUUUAUUCAAUGUGAUGAAGGCCUAUUCCCUUGUAGAUCGUGAAGUUGGUUAUUGCCAAGGGAGUGCUUUCAUAGUUGGGCUUCUUCUUAUGCAGAUGCCAGAGGAAGAAGCAUUUUGUGUUUUUGUGAAGUUAAUGCAAGACUAUAGACUCCGAGAGCUAUUCAAACCUAGUAUGGCUGAGCUAGGCCUCUGUAUGUACCAGUUUGAAUGGAUGAUCCAGGAACAGCUACCAGAACUUUAUGUGCACUUUCAAUCCCAGAGUUUUCACACAUCCAUGUACUCUUCCUCCUGGUUCUUAACCAUCUUUCUGACUACAUUUCCAUUACCAGUUGCCACAAGGUUAUUUGAUAUUUUCAUGUCAGAGGGUCUGGAAAUAGUUUUCCGUGUUGGCUUGGCUAUACUACAAUCUAAUCAGGCAGAAUUGAUGCAGCUUGACAUGGAGGGAAUGUUACAGCAUUUUCAAAAGACCAUUCCACAUCAGUUUGACAGUGGCCCUGACAAAUUGAUCCAAACAGCUUAUCAAAUUAAAUACAAUGCAAAGAAAAUGAAGAAGUUGGAAAAGGAAUACACUACCAUAAAAAAUAAAGAGAUGGAAGAACAAGUAGAAAUUAAGAGGUUACGCACAGAAAAUCGAUUGCUGAAGCAACGCAUUGAAACAUUGGAGAAGGAAAGUGCUUCUUUGGCAGAUAGAUUGAUUCAGGGACAAGUGACAAGGGCACAAGAGGCAGAGGAAAACUACCUCAUUAAACGGGAGCUGGCCACCAUUAAACAGCAGAGUGAUGAGGCUAGUGCUAAGCUGGAGAAAGCUCAGAAUGCCUUCAGGGAACUCCAAGAGCAACGGCAUAAAUGUAAUCCACGGUACAGUGAGGAUUUUGUUCUGCAAUUGGAGACUGAACUCGUACAGGCAAGGUUAAGAGAAGCAGAGUCACAAUGUGCACUUAAAGAGAUGCAGGACAAAAUCCUGGAGAUAGAAAAGAGAAACAGCUCUUUGCCUGAUGAGAACAACGUGGCCAGAUUGCAAGAGGAGCUUAUUGGAGCAAAACUAAGGGAAGCAGAGGCAUUAAUGAGUAUUAAAGAACUUGGGCAGCAGGUUAAAGAUUUGGACGAUCAUUGGCAGCGUCAUCUGGCUAGAACUACUAGCAGGUGGAAAGAUUCACCUCGAAAGAAUGCUGUGAGUGAAUUACAGGAUGAACUGAUGACUGUACGCCUCAGAGGAGCAGAAACACAGGCUGAAUUGAAAGAGGUUAAGCAACGAAUGUUGGAACUUGAAACACAGAACCAAAUCAGCAGUAACCAGCUGUGUCGAGCAGAAAAAGAGUGCAGCAGCCUCCGUGAGAAGGUGCAAUAUCUCACAGCCCAGAAUAAGGGACUACUCACUCAAUUAAAUGAAUCUAAACGAAAAAUGGCUGAAAUGGACUGCAAGAAUAAAGAAGAUGUGAUGACAGUAAGACUUAGAGAAGCAGACAGCAUUGCAGCCAUGGCUGAACUUCGACAGAAAAUUGCUGAACUGGAAAUGCAGAAAGAAGAGGGUAAAGUUAAAGGCCAGCUUAAUAAUUCAGACUCCGCCCAAUAUAUAAGAGCACUGAAGGAUCAGAUAGAAGAGCUGCAACAUGAGGUCACAUACCUAAAAGGGCAGAGGGACUUCUCAGACCGACACACUUUUGAUCGGAUCCACAUUGUGAAUCACAUCGCUGACGAUGACUCAUUCCACUCCUCUGAUGAAGAUCUGAUUCCAAAUACUCUGAGGGUUCGUGGUCUUCGGGGUGUUCCUCACCAUUUUCACCACCUCAGCAGAAAUGUACUAAUGGAAGCUAAUGAUAAGGACAGUGAGGACAGUACAGACAGUGACAGUGAGGAUACAAUGCUGCAUCCUUGUCACUACAGCCAGAUUAGUCAUCAGAAUGUCUGCGCAAAGGGGCAGGACCAUACGGAAUCUUUCUCCACCACCGUGUGACCAUCACUGUGAACAUGAGGCUUUCUGGUUCAUGUCAAAAACCAGACUUGAAUGCAGUUUUCAGUCUUGCCUGCUGAUUAAACUAAAGGGACUGAUAUGAGAAAUUACAUGGGGGUCUACCAUUGAAAUAGUGGAGACAAAGCACCAGAUUUCAUACUGUAUAUUUUGUUUUGGGAAGGGGGGAGGGUUGCAAGGAGGAUGUCAUUUUACCUGUUCUUUUGUCUGCCUUAAUCUCUGCCAAAACCUUCCCCAAAUAAUUGUUGCCAGAUGCUAAAACACGAGAGGGCUUGUAAAAUGGACAGGAAAUGUGAUAUUGACAGUAUUAUAUACAGUAUCUUCAUUUGUCUUUUUAAACUUGAAAUACACACUUCCUAAUUUAUUUAGAGAAAAGGGGAGGGGUUAUUUCCCUUUGCUUAAUACUUCAGUCAAUGGAAUUGUGAGCUCUUGGGAUAAUGGUUGAUUAUGGAAAAGAUGCAUCAUCUUGUGCAAUAUUAAUUGUAUUUUAUGCUAAAGAGAACACAUUUUACUUGUUUAUGUUAUAAAUGUACCAGGACAGUCGUACAGAUCUUGUGCCUUUAAGGCAAGACAAGUUUGGUCAGGAGUCUGUUGGUCAACAAUCCUAUUUGGGCAUUGGAGUACAAAAACAUGCAAUUGGAACAUGUAAAGGACACAGAUUCACUGUAUGGUAUAUCAUGAUCUUGCUUAGAGUCCCACCACAACAAUCCAUUUCUUCAAAAAUUUACUUUUUUAAGUAAAAAAAAAUCAAAUGCUGAGAUUGCUGUUUAUACAUUCACCCAUUUUUACCCAUUUUAGUUUAUACUUUUUCAUAUUAAGUGUCUGAUACAAAUAAUGAUGUACCAGUGAUAUGUGUUCCAGCAAUAUCUAAUUUUACAUGUUAAUUUGCUAUGACAGAGAAAUAUUGUUGAACUUUAAUAUAACUAUGUUUUAUUUUUAACUGAGAAUGCAUAGGAUUGCAUUUCUGUCAUUGUGUAAAUCAGCCACUUCAGAAUUGGGGAUUUCAAUAUAGGCAUUGUCUGAUUACCGAGUUUAUACCAUUCGAGGAAAUGCAGAAACACUAUCAGGAAACUCUGUUAUGCAGAAAUAAGGAAACCUCCUCAGAAAAUAUCUUUGUUAAAUAUAUGUUAGCUCUGCUUGGCAGUUGUUAACACUAGCUUUUUCACUUCACUAAUGAGAAUGCUUGUAUAAACACUAUCAGUGCUUCUCUUUUAACUAUAAAUUAUAACAGAAUUAUAAUAAACUUUUCACAAUUUUAAAGGGAUCGUACUGUAUCUUCUUUAUGUGAUUUUUUUCCAUUACUGAUGUAACGGAUUAUUAAAACUAAAAGGGAAUGCAAAUUAUAGACAUUGUUCCAUGUUUUAAAAUUGUAAAAUUCCUCAUGACCGCAAAUAAACUGUUGGUAUCUUUCACCAGGAAAAUUCUUAUGUGGC